UGGUACAAAUGGGUCGGGAGGGGGAUGUACCUGGAUGUAAAGCGCCGGAUACCUUACUUUGCGAGUGAUUGGAAAGACGCCUGGAAUUACCGAGUCGUGCCGGCUACGUUUAUGAUCUUUUUUGUAAACGUACUUCCCGGAAUCGCAUUCGCUCUGGACCUAGUGGAAUCUACAGGUCAGACGGGGGUUCAAGAAGUACUACUCGCUACCUUCGUUGCCGCUGCCGCUUCCUCACUGCUAUCAUGUCAGCCCCUACUCAUCUCCGGGGUCACCGGACCAAUCACAAUCUUCAACAAGACGAUCUACGACAUCUUUGUCCGGGACGGUGCAGCGAGCCCUGGUGAUGGGUUCGACUACCUGCAGUUCAUCGGUUGGGUCUACAUGUGGGCCGCGAUCUUGCAUUGGGUAUCGGCGCUUUUGAACGUAUGUGCGCUGUUGAAGUAUGUGACAAAAUUUCCUUGCGAGACGUUCGGGUUUUAUGUGGCCAUGGUGUACCUCCAAUACGGGAUCCAGGUUGUUACCCGUCAAUUCCACCAGUCGGAAGACACUGCUGCUUUCCUCGGCAUUCUUCUCGCGGUCCUCACCUGCGUUAUUCCUCACCUCUUCGACCUCCUCUUCCACUCUCCCUUCAUGCACAAACACCUGCGCCGAGUCUGUGCCGACUACGGAAUGCCAGUAACGAUUAUCGCCAUAUCCGGGUUCGCCUACUGGGGCAGGUUCGCUCAGUACACCGAGGAAGCCGAGAUGACGGUCCCUACUAAUGGAGCGUUUACGGCCGCUAUGGGCCGAAGCUGGGUGGUCCCGUUCUGGGAGCUGCCUGGCAAAUACGUUGGGAUCGCUUUUCCGUUUGCGAUAAUCCUCUGGAUUUUGUUCUUGUUCGACCACAACGUCUCGUCUCUGAUCGCCCAAUCAACCGAGUUCCCGCUUGUCAAGCCUGCAGGCUUCCAUUGGGACUUUUUUGUCCUCGGCAUCACGACGAUGAUCUCUGGUAUAUUUGGAUUACCCGCACCCAAUGGCCUGAUACCUCAAGCACCGUUACAUACCCAGUCGCUUCUGAUAUUCGGAGCCGGAGAACCUCCUGAGACCGAACAGGACCGCAUGGAGAUGGGUCCCAUGGUGGCGCAUGGCGGUAAAGCCCCGGUCCUUCCCUCAAGCAACGAGAAACGCGGUCCGACCGAUAUCAAGCGGGAUAUCGAAGCGCUCCAAGAACAGUUGAAUUUGGAAAAGCGGGUGGCCGUAGUCGAGCAAAGGGUAUCGGUACUGGUACAAGGGCUGUUUUGCAUUGUCAUGAUGACGGGUCCCUUCGAGACGUUGAUCGGAUUCAUUCCCAAGGGAGUCAUCGCAGGGCUUUUUUGGUACAUGGGGACCUCGGCCCUGUUCUCUAGCGGUGUGACGGAACACUUUCUCUACCUCAUCCGGGACGGACACCUCACAUCCCCUGCGCACCCUUUGCACGGAGUCAGGAAGAGCCGCCUGCUCAUCUGGCUAUGGUUCGAACUCAUCGGUUUUGCGGCGACGUUUGCCAUAACGAACACGAUCGCUUCCAUAGGCUUCCCCAUCGUAAUCGCCUUGUUGAUCCCGUUCCGCAUAUUGGUCGUUCCUCGACUCGGAUGGUUUACGGAUGAGGAGCUCGAGAUCUUGGAUGGACCCGUGGCCAGCGACUUUACGAUGGAGAGUAUGGACGCGCUUAGG